GCCUUCCAUCAGGCGGCGGGUGGAAUUGCAGGACGCGGCAAUAAGCGAGCGCGCGCGGCGAGAGCGAGAGAACUGCAGCUGGAGACACAAUAACACAGCGGGCAGCGCAGUCUGAACCUAACUUGCUAUGGACCAGCAGCACGAUUUGCUCGGCUCUUCGCCCAACAGCCACUACAACUCCAACGCCAUGGCAACCUCCCUCGCUGGUAUGACCAUCAACGACCAUCACCAUGGAAACCAGUUCCACAAGGAGAAUGGCGUCGCCGUGGGGCACAUGGGACCCGGAGAUGGUCCAAUGAAAGAAGCACAAGUUGAUGAAGAAGAGCCUGAGUUAGUUCUUGAGCACAGUGAGAGCACCUCCUUCGGGGAGGAGGAGCAAUACGAGGGGUCCGUGGAUUCUGCAGAAGCACAUGAAGAAGCUCCCGCAGCAUCUGCUCCUGCUGAGGCUAAUGGGCAGAGUGGAACUUCAUCUCCUACAGCUCAUCCCAAGACGGACAAUGACACUGAGAAACGGAUCCCCAAAACAUCUCCUGCCAAAACUAGACCCUCCUCACUUAAAAAACCCUCCAGCAUCAUGAAAAAAUCCAAAGCUUCCUCUUCCACUAGCUCAGGGCCAGCUCCAGUCAGGGCUGUGCUGAAGGAGAGCCAGCCGAGGGCUCCAGGUAGUGGCAGGCCUCAUGCUGCUGGCACUAAGAUUCCUGCAAUGACUCCUCCUCAGUCAGUGAAAGUGGAUAUGAAGAAGCCGGUGAAAAAUGGAAAAGAUUCCCCUAAGACCCCUGAGGCGAGUGGGCAGAGCAGUCCCGGCACCCCUAAAUCCCCCGGCAGCAAGGCUGUAGGUGGGAAACCGCCUGCAGGGAAGGAAGUGAAGAAAAUAGCGGUGAUCCGCUCCACCCCUAAAUCUCCCGGCUCUCUGAAGAACCGCUCACCUGCUCCGCUGGCCACCGCUGCCACGCCCAUGCCGGACCUGAAGAACGUGCGCUCCAAGAUCGGCUCCACUGACAACUUAAAGCACCAGCCUGGAGGAGGCCGGGUCCAAAUACUUGAACAGAAGCUGGACUUUAGUAAUGUUCAGUCUAAGUGCGGCUCCAAAGACAAUUUGAAACAUGUCCCUGGAGGUGGCAAAGUCCAGAUCCUAGAUAAGAAGGUGGACUUCAGCCAAGUUCAGGCCAAGUUAGGCUCUAAAGACAACCUUAAGCAUACUCCUGGGGGAGGAAAGGUCCAAAUACUUGAUCAGAAGCUGGACUUUAGUACUGUUCAUUCUAGGUGCGGCUCCAAAGACAAUAUGAAACACGUACCUGGAGGUGGAAACAUUCAAAUUCUUGAUCAGAAGUUAGACCUAAGCAGUGUUCAGGCUAGGUGUGGUUCCAAAGACAACCUCAAACACACACCCGGAGGUGGAAAAGUGCAGAUUGUUCACAAAAAGAUUGAUUUGAGCAACGUGCAGUCCAAAUGCGGAUCAAAAGACAACAUCCGCCACAAGCCAGGUGGAGGAAACAUUGAGAUCAGGUCGGAGAAGCUGGAGUUUAAGGUGCAGUCGAAGGUCGGCUCUCUGGACAACAUUGGACAUGUGGCUGGAGGUGGCCAGAGAAGGAUUGAGUCUCACAAGCUGAUGUUCCGCGAGCAGGCGAAGGCGCGGACGGAUCACGGUGCCGAGAUCAUCUCUCUGGAAGAGUCUCCUCAGCAGCUCAGCACCGUCUCCUCCUCUGGGAGCAUAAACAUGACCGACCCUCCGCAGCUGUCCACCCUCGCCGACCAGGUGACCGCCUCGCUGGCUAAGCAGGGCUUGUGAUCCCCUUACCAUCUUUACCACCAUCACCACCCACCCAAACAACCAACCAACCGACCAACCAACCAACCAACGACCCAAACCAACCGUAAACAUAUGGAUAUACAGAAGUUGACAACUUCAUCUCCCCCACUUCAUCACUAAAGGAUAUCACUUCACAGCCCCGCCCACAAUGGAUAGCCCCGCCAAUUAGUGUUAAGAUUUUAUAUUGUGUCAUUUAUAAUAUAAUAACAGGCCUGCGAGUGUUCUUAUAGUCACACCCCGGGCUGGAAUAAGAACCAUGUAUUUUCUUCAUUUAUUUCCUUUUUUAGGAUGUAUGUAGACAUACUCUGUAGUCCAUCAUCAACAUCAGAUUCAGCAUUAAUAUGAAGUAUUGGUUAACUCCCGAAUUUUUACAGAAUGUGAAAAACUGUGGGUUUUGGAAACUGUGGGCAUUUGGAAAGUUGGUACUGUAGCUUAAACGGUCUAAGAUCAGAUUUGGACUCUUAAACUAAAAAAAAAAAAAAAAAAACUACUUAUCCUGUUCAGAUGCAAAGCAGAGAAAUAACAGGGUAGUGUAGCAGAAGGAAAACUUUACGUAGGGAGAGAUUCAAAGAGUUUGUGGGGGAGAGAAUUUCAAAAAGAGUUAAAUCACAUCUGUGAGAUACUUCAAAAAAUGUUGAGUAAGAUACGGCGGGCUUCGUGUAGGAAACGUGGUGUUUGUCAGGCACUUUUCUUACAGUAUUGUUCUGUGGAUAUGAGAUGUAUUUGAUAUGAAAAAACAAAAAACAUGGUUAUUGUUGUGCCUGCUGGCAGUCUUAAGUUAUUUUAUUUCGUUUUUUUUUUUUUUGUCAGUGCUUCAUUGUAGAUGCCUCUCCUACUGAAUUUUUAUUUUUAUUUUUGUACUUCGUUGUUCGCCCACUUUACUGAUCACUGAAACUACUCACAUUUGUAUAUCUUGUAUCUUGAUCAUUGACAUGAAGCGUACUUACUCACCCUAACACAGUGUAUUAGCUGAAGGUUUGGGGAAGACUGAGGCUGCUGUCGGUGUUAACGUUGAACAUGAGAUUUAAUAUUAGUAAUAAUAUUAAUCAUAGGCCUUCACAAUUACCUUUUUAUUUUUAUUUUGUUGUGGCCACAUUAAUGGUUAAACGUUAAUCACCACAGUCCAAUCAAGCUGCUGUUUUUUUAUUUAGAACUGUGUGCUUUGGUGGAAAGUCAGUCAUAGGAGUAAAUUAAGCUUUGAACCAUUUGAAUGGUUAUGUUGUACACCUGUGCUGUUGAAUUGUGAAUGCAACUGGAGUAGUAAAAAUAAGUACGAUGCCAAGAGUAUAUAUCUAGGAGCUACGAUUUUUUGAUGAUUUGAUCAUAUACACACACUGCCAAACGUGCUUGUGUUUUAUUAACUUUUAUCUGCUUAUAACUUUCCCUAUAUAUAAAAAAGCAUUCAUCAAAUUAUUGCCAAACCAUCCUCCAUGAGGUCGAAUCGCAGUCGGGCCAGCGUCAACAUGUAUGAUGCAUCUUCUGCUGUCCCUCCGGCCCUCGUCGCAUUGCAUGGAAAAGUUGCAUUUCCUCUACUAACUGCUUCGACUCAAAGCACAGCUCAGUCCCACAGGCAGGGACAGCCGUGGAUAUUUGAUUAUACUCGUCCUAGUGUUCGUUUUUCUAAUCAGGUAAUCAGAUAAAAAGCAUGAAAUAAACAACUUUGCAAGUUUUGAAUAUGUUCUUCACACAGAGAGAAAAGAGGGACUGGCUGCUGAGAUUUGCGUCUUAGGCGAACAGGAAGUGGAUAUGGGAAUGUUUUACUUGUGUACAGUUCAAGUUUGUCCGAGUUAUCGUUUGUGGGUAAGCUGCUGGUGAAAUGUUAAAGCACCUACACUUAAAUCAAAAUGAAAAAUCACUAUUUUAACCAAACUGUUGGAUCACUGUGGAUCACCGUGAAUUCUAGCUGCAUGCAGGAAACACGUACGUUUCAUUUCUCUUUACCAACUCAGAUUUCUUCACAGUGGUGGUGAAUGGAUCCAGACUACAACACAAAUACAUUCAUUUUAAUUUAUUUACUGUCAGAACUUACCAGCCAACCUGCAUUUAAGACAGUGGCAUCAACAUGGGAGGGCUAGUUUGGGAGGCGCAUUGAGUGAUGUAUGGGUUUAGAGGUGGGGCUGAAGUGAGAGCUGAUUGGCUGAGCUGCAGCAGCAGUGAGCCUCUAAUAGCAGUGAGACGAAGAUGGUUGGAUGUCGUCAGCAGGGGUGUUAUUAUUGAUUGAUUGACUGAUUGAUUGAUUAAUCUUCAUAUUUUGAUGUGUCUGCGAACCAAAGAACGCGGAAACAUCAUUCUCACCUAUAGCACAGUUAGACCUGAGAUGGUGCUGCAGAGGCAGAAAUUACCAUAAACAAUAAAAGUGAUUUUUAAAGCUUAGGAAAGGUUUUUAAAAGUUUUAAGCAGGACUGGUUGAGGGUUUAGUAGCUCUUUUUAAACACUCAUGGUUGAAAAAAAUAGAUAACUAUCUGUUAAGGAUUUUUUAGAGCUUUAGACAUGUGAUUUAUCUGAUUACAAAAUUUCUGAUUCACCACCACUGAAAAGGAUUCUGAUAUUUUCUAGACAUGCAGAAAUGUAUUAAAAAAAAUCACUGGAAUCCCCUUUGGGUGUUCAAAAUAUAUGGAUUUUGGUGAUGAAUUCUCUUUAGAAAUACUAAAGGCAAUUAGCAAAACUAGCUAAAUAUGUAAUCCAUACUAAAAUAAAUAGUCCACAGCAUCCUUUAAAGGCCCAGGGCUUGACUGACUGACCUUUCUAAUGGACAUGCUCUCAACCAGUGACACUGCUAAACCCCCCCCCCCUCCAUCCCGCCUGCAGUGUCGCAGUCUGUCUGCGCUCCUUGCAUGCGUUCGUUACACAUAGACUAAGUGAAUAGCAACUGCAUUUCAGCCCCGUUUGGAUCGUGCUUUCUAGGAUUUCUGUAACAGUGGAAGAAAAUGAACCGUCUCCCGUAACUCCGCCCACCCCAAACCCCGCCCCCUUUUAUUCAGUGAUGGAGGAGCUGUGUAGAUAGCGCUAGUAUAAACUGUAUGUGUACAAUGUUUGACUCAUCUAUUUGCCAAGGAACAUGAGGGCUGAGAAAAAUAAAAAUAGCGUAGCAGAGCAGUUUCAGCGGUUGAGCUCGCACCACGGUAUUCUGCAUGCUAAAGUCGUUCAGUCAUUUCUGAUUUUUUGAUUAUUAUUUUUUUUUCUACACGGAUCGGCAACUUGUUUCUGAAUGUUUUCCCUGGGAUGGGGUUCGUGUUCUGUGUGUGUGGUAUGUUGGGCUACUGGAAGUGAGUUUUGGCUUUAGAUUGCUGCAGAAGAAGAAGGAGAAAAAGAAAGAGAAGUUGUUGCGUUUAGUAUUUGUGAGUGAUGAGAGAAGGGUUUCGUGAUUCUGAAGUGACCUUGCGAGCAGGCGAAGGCCGGCGGUUCGAGCGUAGCGUCCGGUUCCGCGUCACGCCCCCUGAAACUGGACUGAGGAGGGUUUGCCAUCCUGUUGUCACCGACACCGUUCACCUAUUUGUACAUUUUAGCUUGGGAAUCGUGAUUGUCAAUAUCGUUCUAGUGUGUUUUAUUAAUAACUGAUUCUUGUUAAUGUAUGUGAAUUUGGAAAUAAAGGAUAUAAAGGAUCA